AUGGGGGGCCCUGGGGCUUUGCCCCCCCAUGCACUGACACCCCCUUUUCUCCCCCAGCCCCUGAACAGGUCGGACUGGAACGCCCCCGAUCUCAGCUACCGGGUGCAGUGGCGGCGUCUGGGCAAGGGGGGGGGCUGGAGCGAGGAGACAGUCAGCGGCCCCCCCUUGCUGGUAACAAGGACCCCCACCUUUGUCCCCUACGAGAUCAAGGUGCAGGCCGUGAACCCCAUCGGCAAGGGGCCCGAGCCCCCCACUGUGGUGGGGUACUCUGGGGAGGAUGUGCCCCAGGUGAACCCCGAGAACGUGGGGGUGGAAAUAUUCAACAGUACCAGCGUCCUCGUCAGCUGGACCCUCCCCAACAGAGACCAGCUGCGGGGUCACCUCCGGGGGUUCAGGGUGUUUUACUGGCGGCUGGGCAGUGUGGGGGAGCGGAGCCGGCGCCAGGCCCGGGCCCAGCCGCCCCCGCUGGUGCUGACGGUGGAGGGGGAGGCGUCGUGGGCCAGGCUGGGGGGCCUGCGCCCCUGGAGCUGGUAUCGCCUCUACGUGGUCGUGUUUAACGGACGCAGCGAUGGGCCCCACAGCGAGGACAUCGACUUCAGCACCCCCGAGGGAGUGCCCAGCCCCCCCAGCUCGCUGCUCCUGGAGCGGGUGUCGGACACGGUGCUGGCUCUGGAGUGGACGGCCCCCCAGUUCCCCAACGGGGCGCUGACCGAGUACCUGCUGCAGUACCAGCAGGUGAACGGGUCGGAGCUGGGCCCCCUGCACGAAAUCUCCUUCCCCAUCUCCCAGCUGAACGGGACGCUGGCCCGGCUGGACCCGCGGGCCUGGUACCGGUUCCAGCUGCGGGCGCUGACCCGGGCUGGCCAGGGCGAGCCGCUGGUGCAGGAGGGCAGCACCGUGCCCGAGCCAGUGCUCCCCACUUUGGAGAACAUCAGCGUCUCACUGGUGGGGCCCGAUUUCACCGUCUUCACCUGGGUCCCGAGCCGGCCCCAGGCCAGCGUGGAGUUCGAAAUCCACUUCAAGAGCAAAUCCAUGGCCGAGCCCUGGCGCACGUCCGGCCAGGCCAACUCCACCCACGGCUCCUACCGGCUCCUCCACCUGCAGCCCGGCACUUCCUACCGCGUCCAGUUCGUGGGGCGCGACCCCUCGGGGGGGAACGUCUCCUUCUGGGAGAGCGAGGUGGAGACCAACGGCAAGCUGCUGACGACCGACCAGCGCAGCUUUGCCACGGAGGGCUGGUUCAUCGGCUUCAUCUGCGCCGUGGUGCUGCUGCUGCUGCUGCUGCUCAUCCUCUGCUUCGUCAAACGGAGCAAGGGCGGAAAGUACUCGGUGAAGGACAAGGAGGACAUACAGGUCGACUCUGAAGCCCGACCCAUGAAGGAUGAGACGUUUGGGGAGUACAGAUCCCUGGAGAGGUAAGAGGAGACGGUGGGG